UGGAAGUGUAAAGUAACAGAAAAUGAAAAUUACCCCAAGACUCUUUAUUUGUUUUCUUUCUUCUCCUUUCUGUUUCUUUUCCUUUUCUUGCCUUGGAUCCUGACACCGGACAUCCUUGUGUUUGUAAUAUCGUCCUCCUGAGUUUCCUGUGUUUGCUUGUUCGUCAAAGCACUUUGUAAACUCUAUUUCUAAAUAAACUUUAUCACAGGUUAAUUAUUGAGUAAACGUCCGGAGUUACAUUCCACCACGGCUACGGGAUAAUCGAUUAAUCGACUAGUUGCAGCUCUGCGCCCUCUCACCCUGGCUGCUGCAGUGUGUUGUUCCCACAAGCAGGCGGCGACAGAUCCCAGUCCUGCAGCUCAGGUCGCCUCUCUGCAGCUUCUCGUCACUUCGCUGUCAUUCUGCAACUUCGGAGCCAUUCGUCUGAAUGUUUUCUGUAUUCUUAUGUGUGUGUGUGUGUGUGUGUGUUAUCGCUCACAGCUGCCCAGAGAGAAAAAGAGAAAUGAGUGUCGCUCUGAUCGCACUUUGGUUUUGUGAGACACCUGUAGGAAACCACAGAGGUAGUUCCUCUGAGCUGCUGAGGAGGAACUAAACGAUCAUUUUUUUUGUCAACCAUCAGGAUGUGAAAUCCACAAUGACACACGUAAAAAUCAGAAAGACAGCGUGUUAGGGAAAAAACAAACAAACAAACAAAAAAGCUUUUAAGUGUGAUUACAGAAGGAGUUACUCGAGGAGGGCGGGGUCAGGGUCGUGGAAGCGGAGCGGGGCGGGCGGUGCCUACACUCGCCCAUGCCCCCUUUCGCCCUCCGCUGGCUGCGGGGGAAGAAGCGUGAACUUGAACGCAGCCUUCACUGCUCACAGAGCGAGUCCAGGCAGAGGCCAGCCAGUCUUAUCAGUCCGUCCACCGCCGCUCAGGUUUCGGUCAACUUCUCGCAGAAGGAGCAGCCGGGCGGAUUCCUGGAGGGUUUUCUGGUUUGGAGCUGUUUGGGACCCUGAACGGUGCCGGACGCGGGACGCUCGACGCGAUGUCCAGGCGCAAACUUGGCAGCAGACCGCAGCACCUGAGUGCAAUUCAAGAUGUCACUGACAUGGCGGAUGGCGCCACUCCACCAGACGACCACCUUCCUCCUCCUCCUCCUCCACAGGUCCGGGCCCCAGACGAUGGUCGCGACCUCCUGACCUGCGGCCAGUGCAGCCGGGCCUUCCCGCUCGCCCACAUCUUGGCGUUCAUCCAGCACAAACAGGGCGGCUGCCGCUCCCGAAACCAAGCCCCCAGCGCUAACGCCACACCCCCCUCACCUGCCAACCGCGCACAGCAGCGCGUCGCCAACGCCGAGCCGGGGCCGGGCUUCAUCGAGCUAAGGAGAGGAAGGGCCGGCGGGGACCAGGCCUGGGGGGAGGAGCCCGGUGUGAGGGCGGAGCGAAACAAAGCAGUUUCUGACGAGCCCUCCUAUUUCACCUGCCAGCAGUGUGAAGGCCUGUUCCCAUCUGCCUGGGCGCUCCUGCAGCACGCCCAGCACACACACUCCUUCAGCAUUUACCAGGAGGACGAGGAGGACGACGUCGGAGGAGGAGGAAGAGGAGGACUCAAACAGCACAAGCCUGCUGCAGCCACUCUGGACCCUCGCCGCCUGAGCCAAGCUCUCGCCUCUGCCUUUCAGCCCUCCGCCAUGCGCCUCAGUCGCUCCCGUCAGACACACCCCACCUCCUCCUCCACCUCCUCCUCCGCCAACCUGCAGGCUCUGAACUUUUCAGUGCGGCUCAGGGAGCUCGCCGAGGGGAAUGGCAACACCGCGGGCGGCUCUCCCGGAGGCCUGGUGCUGUCGCCGUCCUCUUCUCCGCCGGCAGCUUCUCCCUUUCCUCAGAACAGCGCCCUCCAGGCUGAGUUCCACUGCGAGCCGUGUGACCAGAGCUUCCAGUCCCUGCGCGCCCUGUCCGCCCACCGCCGGACUCACGCCUGCGAGAGGCCCUAUCACUGCGGCGUGUGCGGGGAGGCCUUCACCCAGAGCGGCCAGCUGGCCCGUCACAUAAGGAGCCAUCACAGGGUGGCUGGAGGAGCAGGAGGUGGAUAUGAGCUGGUGGAGAUGGCGGUGAUGGAGGAGGACGUAGGGAGGCAGGGGAUGAGAGGGAGGUUUCAGAUGCAGCCAGCCGGAAUCAUGGGGAAGGGAAUGAUUGGCGCAGAUGUGAGAGCUCAAGGCCCCUCCGAGCUGGACCUGACCCUGCCCAAACACCCCUCCAUCGCUUCAGGCCUGGUGCUGCUGACCUCACAGGUGAGACCGUCAGACCAGGAGCUGCUGAGGCUGUACCAGCGCCAGAGAGAGGGGGGAGAAGGAGGGGAGGAGGAGGGAGAGGGGCAGGGGGAGCCUCAACACACCUCGCCCUGCGCCAGCCCCUCCGAAGGCUCACUGGAGAGCGGAGAGACGGGCGGCAGUGGCGAGAGCGGCAUCGCCAGCGGCAACUGCACGCCCAAGCGUCCAGAGAUGGGCGACAGGGUGCGAGGAGUCGGAGAGUGGGAGAACGAGAGAGGAGAGGUGAUUGAGAGGGAGAACGAGUGGAGCUCGGUCAAAGUGAGCGAGGCUGUGCAGGAGUGGCAGAGGGAGAACGAGCGCAGGAGUGUAGGAGGAGCUGUCAGCAGCGGAGGAAACAACAACAGCAGCAGCACCACGACCGGGUCAGGCGGCAAGAAGAAGAAAGACGAAGCGUGCGAGUACUGUGGUAAACAGUUCAGAAACAGCAGCAACCUGACUGUGCACCGCCGCAGCCACACAGGCGAGAGACCCUACCGCUGCGGCCUCUGCAACUACGCCUGCGCCCAGAGUUCAAAGUUAACGCGCCACAUGAAGACCCACGGCGCCCAGGGGGCAAAGGCGUCCUUCCUGUGCCAGCUGUGUGCCGUGCCCUUCACCGUCUAUGCCACGCUGGAGAAACACCUGAAGAAAGUCCACGGCCUGAGCCACGCCAGCGUUGGAGCGUACGCACAGGCCAGCGCCGCGGACACCCUGGCCGCCAUCAAAGCGGAAGAGGCAGCAGUGGUGGUGAAAAUGGAGGAGGACGAAGCCAGUUUGGAUCAGAUAGAAUUGGAGAGCAAAGUGCAGAGCGAUGUGUUGAAAAGCAUGGAGGUGGAGGAGGGGCAGAGCCAAGCGGAGUACGCCGGGGACGUCGGGAGUCCAGCCAUGGCGGGAGCACCUGACAGCAACGCAGAAAUGAGCUUGGCUUUGGCGUCUGCGCCGUGAGAGCUGCUGUCAUCCACUAAUUGACACUGCGACGUUGCUGUACAGGAUUUAACUUGCCCACUCAAAUUAAACAGAACUCGUCCCAUCACUGAACUGACAGUCAAGUUAAACUGGAAUCAAGUUUAAAGAAGAAGCUGAAGGAAGCAGCAGGCGGUCCCGUCCUCCCUGCCAGCGCGGAGGCACCCAGCAGCCGUCAAACGCUGUUCAUGAUUGUAUGCAAAGCUGCUGGGUGAAACUAAGUGCCUACAGUUCUUUAGACCACAGAGCAAAAACAAGGCCAUGACAUUCAGCAGGGAGAUUACCAGAGCUCUUGAACAGGAAGUGAACCGCCACAGUCCACACCGACACAGGAAACUGAUCACCAUGUUGCAGCGCAGGAUGCAAAAGACGAGUGAUUUAUCUCUCUGGUGACCCACUGGACAGAUUAUUAACUGUCAGAUAAUAUAAAGGGGAUUAUAUUGAAUAAAAAAAGGCAUAGCAAUAAAAAAAAAGUGAUGUUAAUAUAUUUUCAGCGUCAGCAGAUGGAGGGAGAGGUCUUACUGUGCUACCUAGCUGUUGCUGGUUUUCUUCUGGACAAGACCUUUUAAAGACUAAAGAUGUUCGAACAGACACAAGGGUGAAAUGAAUCCAAACACCGUCUGCCUGCAGUUUCUCAGACUCUUCUUUUUAAAGGCGCUUGGUUGUCACAACACUUGUAACUUACCGUAAUGUUUACAGGGCUCACGGGGCCUGGCAAAGGUUGUGCUCCUGACUUUGUGACAGUAUGUAUGGAUUUUUUUUUGGGUUCUUAUUUUAUAAAUGUGAAUAAUGAGACUUACAAGUCUCAUCUACUGAUGCUUUUCUUUUUCAGGAUUAGUUUCUAUGCAUAAAAACAACUGCAAUUUUUACCUACAUGUGAAACGGGUGUGUAUUAUUUUCCUCUAUUUGUAUCUAUUAUUGUGACGGUAACUUCUCUCUUUCACUGUUUACAUUUGUAAAGUGCCCGACUGCUUGAAGCUUGUGCAUGUUUUGCAGCCUUUUUUUUUGUUUGUUUUCUUUUGUUGUCUGUGUUUGAAUUAUUCCUUAUUUAUGGAUGCUGCAUGUUGGUGGUUGUGUAACGGAGAAAAAAAAAGAAAAAACAAAAAAAAGAAGAAGCUGUUCCACUGCUGAGCUAAAGGGUUGAGAUGUGACGGAGUAGCUGGUCGUUUGGUGCAGUUGUGUCGAGCACUUGGGUGAGUGAGUUGUGUGAAUGUUUUUGUGUGUAGAUACAUAUUGGAAAACAUCCUCAGGUGACACCUCUACUUGAACCCUCUGUCCUGUGUUCACGUCUCCUCAGCAGGACUCCGCCGGUCGUAAUCUGGAGAAUAUAUCAAUAUUUUAUUGAGACUUAAUAUCCUCUUGGAGUUUGAACAUCGCGAUACGAUAAGUGUUGUCUUUUCUGUACCGACCAGACUGUUGUACUUGUCCUAAUGCUAAACAAGAAUCUGAAAACAAUAUUGCUGCCAUAUGAAGUAUUUCGUCAAAAAUGUUGUGAGAUUUGGUUUCGUCAGCCCGUCCUCGCAUUUGUGCUUCUGAGGGGAUUUCAAAAUAUCGUGUGAGGUGGCCACAGUACAAGAAAUGUUCAACUUUAAUACAAUAGUAGUUUAAUGACGCUCAAUGCCUCUUUCAAUACCAGGGCAAAAAUCAAAAAAAAGGUUAAAAAACACAUCUGCACAGCCUUGGGCUGAAAAUGUGACUGUAGAUGUGUUUCUAUUUUUAUUAGCUCUGAUAGAUAAUGUUGAAUACUGUUGAAUGUAAAUAUUGUUGGCAUUGCUUUAAAGACAGCGCCAAAAUAUCGACACGUUUUACAAACUUCAAGGGGCAAUAUGUAAGAAUUUUGUUAAUAACAUUCGCAUAUGAACUAAAAUCAUCAACAGGAAGUAACAAAUAACAGUUAUAACAUUAUGUCAUUUAUUUAUUGUUUUGUAGAGAAGUUAGCAAGCUAGCCAGCAGGCUAACGAGCUAGCACCAGUGGUGUAAAUGCUGACGCGUAUCCGGUUCCUGAGCUACCAAUUCGGUAUGCUAUCCGCACAGCUAACUGUGUUUACUAGCUAACGGCAGCUACAGUUAGAAGCACUUGGCGAUCACUUUGUUCAUAUGCUGCUCUUUAUUUUCUGUGCGUAUGAGUCGAAGGGGCUCUGGGAAACUUUCCUGUCAUUACAUUGUGUUAGCCCACUCCAUUUCUAACCUAACGCAAGCUGCUCUUGCACUCUGUUAGCAGAGCAGAAGGGGCAUUAAACAACCCAAACAAAUCGUCGUCUGCAGGCUCGUAUACGCAACGGAGAAAGAUGGAGAAGGUCUAAUUUUUCUUGUCAUGCUCAUAUGGCUGAUAAAAAAGUGAUUCAUAAAUGCGAACCACUACAUAUUGUUACGUAGAGCCCCUUUAAUAUCCUGUGUCAUGCCAUAUUUAAUGCCCUCCGUGUCGUGCUUCUGACGGGGGAUCAUGUGUCAACGCUGAGGAUUAGGUUCAGAAAGACAAACGCAAGGACAAAUAAAACAGGACAAAGUGGUUGAGUAGAGUGCUGCCGACUUUGUCGUGACUACUGUGAUGACUCUGUGUUACCAUAACUGUCAGGGAAAAACAAAUUCUUGUGUGUGUUGUGGACUGAAUGAUUCUGAGUGCAGUGUAACUGUUCAGGGAUAAUAUUGUGUACAUAGAUUCUUGCUGUUGCUCUACUUGUUGUUGUUGUUAUUAUUAUUAUUAUUAUUAUUAUUAUUAUUAUUAAUAUUAACUGCCUCCACUUUUCCUUGCACCGUCUCCUUUUACGCUGGCUAUUGUGAAGCUAUACCGCUCUGCUGUCUUUGUAAACUCGACACCAUUUUGUAAUUGAGGAGCCUCAAUAAAGAAUUGAGGUGACA